UCAAUCCUCAACUCUCUUCUCGACAGUCAGCCAAUUUCCCUAUCGCCUGAUUUGCGCAAAUCGGCGGAGAACUUCGCACCAUCUCUGACUAUCUCUUUUUCUUUCUGCUAACCUACAGAGGCUACUCAAAUUAGUAGCAGCAGAAACAGAUAGUUAGAGAGAUAUCCCGCGAAAAUGGCAUUUGAGAAGAUCAAGGUUGCCAAUCCCAUCGUCGAGAUGGACGGAGAUGAAAUGACUCGAGUUUUCUGGAAAUCAAUCAAAGAUAAGCUUAUUUUCCCCUUUUUGGAGUUGGACAUUAAGUACUUUGAUCUUGGCCUUCCAAAUCGUGAUGCAACUGAUGACAAAGUCACAAUUGAAAGUGCAGAAGCUACUCGCAAGUACAAUGUUGCAAUCAAGUGUGCUACAAUUACUCCAGAUGAAGCUCGUGUGAAGGAGUUUAAUUUGAAGUACAUGUGGAAAAGUCCAAAUGGGACCAUUAGGAAUAUUCUAAAUGGUACUGUCUUUAGAGAACCAAUUAUUUGCAAAAAUGUUCCCCGGCUUGUCCCAGGUUGGACAAAGCCCAUAUGCAUUGGAAGACAUGCUUUUGGAGAUCAGUAUCGUGCCACUGAUACAGUCAUCAAAGGGGCUGGGAAACUUAAGUUGGUUUUUGUUCCAGAAGGACAAGAUGAGAAGACAGAGUUGGAGGUUUUCAACUUUACUGGUGCUGGGGGAGUAGCGUUGUCCAUGUAUAACACUGAUGAGUCUAUCUGUUCUUUUGCCGAGGCUUCAAUGGCAACUGCUUACCAGAAAAAGUGGCCACUUUAUCUUAGCACCAAAAAUACUAUUCUUAAGAAAUAUGAUGGAAGAUUUAAGGAUAUAUUUCAAGAAGUUUAUGAGGCUGAAUGGAAAUCUAAGUUUGAGGCUGCCGGGAUAUGGUAUGAACACCGUCUUAUUGACGAUAUGGUGGCUUAUGCUCUCAAGAGUGAAGGGGGAUAUGUGUGGGCUUGCAAGAACUAUGAUGGGGAUGUACAAAGUGAUUUCUUAGCCCAAGGUUUCGGAUCUCUUGGAUUGAUGACAUCUGUCCUGGUCUGCCCUGAUGGGAAGACAAUAGAAGCAGAAGCAGCCCAUGGUACAGUUACGAGACAUUACAGGGUUCAUCAGAAAGGUGGUGAAACUAGCACAAACAGCAUAGCAUCUAUCUUUGCAUGGUCACGAGGACUUGCACACAGGGCAAAGUUGGAUGAGAAUGCCAGACUGUUGGAUUUUACCGAGAAACUAGAAGCUGCUUGUAUUGGAGUUGUAGAAUCUGGGAAGAUGACAAAAGAUCUUGCACUUCUUAUCCAUGGACCAAAGGUUACACGGGACCAAUAUCUGAACACCGAGGGGUUCAUUGAUGCCGUGGCAGAGGAGCUGAGAGCAAGACUGAAAGCUUAACUUUAUAUUCUGUAAUCCAGUUAUAUGAUCGGACGCAAUAAAAGAAAGUGAGAAAGAUUAAGGGAGGGUGUCUUCUGAAGGUCAUUGUAGACCGUAUACAUCUCAUUUUUCAAUCAUAUUGUUGGGACACCAUUUUAGCUUUGUUUAAUUUAUGCUGAUUCUGAUAAUAUUGCGGCGCCCUGAACAAAUUUGUUGCGGUGAAAAAAAUGUUUCAUUGACAUGCUUAAAAAUUGUAAGUUAAAUUACCAAAUUAAAAUUUGAAAUUUAAGUAGUCAUUAUAAUUUAAUUUUUAA